AUGGCCAAAUUGGUGCAAUCCCCAUCGCCAAUUUGUUACGAUCGCUAUGGCCAGUUUGUUACGAUCGCCAUGGCCAAAUUGGUGCAAUCCCCAUCGCCAAUUUGUUACGAUCGCCAUGGCCAAUUCGUUGCAAUCACCAUGGCCAAAUUGUUGCAAUCGCCAUGGCCAAAUUGGUGCAAUCCCCAUCGCCAAUUUGUUACGAUCGCUAUGGCCAAUUUGUUACGAUCGCCAUGGCCAAUUUGUUGCAAUCGCCAUGGCCAAAUUGGUGCAAUCCCCAUCGCCAAUUUGUUACGAUCGCCAUGGCCAAUUCGUUGCAAUCACCAUGGCCAAAUUGUUGCAAUCGCCAUGGCCAAAUUGGUGCAAUCCCCAUCGCCAAUUUGUUACGAUCGCUAUGGCCAAUUUGUUACGAUCGCUAUGGCCAAUUUGUUACGAUCGCCAUGGCCAAUUUGUUGCAAUCGCCAUAGCCAAAUUGGUGCAAUCCCCAUCGCCAAUUUGUUACGAUCGCCAUGGCCAAUUUGUUACGAUCGCCAUGGCCAAUUCGUUGCAAUCGCCAUGGCUAAUUCGUUGCAAUUCCCAUGGCCAAUUUGUUACGAUCGCCAUAGCUAA